AUGUCGACCGUUGGGGCGUUGUUAGUCAUUUCGGUUCGUUCGUUCGCUUGGUCAACAUAUCCCCAGAGCAGAAAAACUGAGAAUCAAAAAACGCGACGCCGCCGCUGCGUAUCAGUCCUAACGGUAGUUCCGAAGCUUCCUCCGCGUUACGCUAUAGCAGUCUCAGACUCAGUUGUUGCAGAAAACCAAGUACGUGGAGCAGUGUCAGAUAUCGGUGCAAAGCUCCGCAAUCUCGUAACUCGAUCUCCGAUCACCAAUUACACCAUGUGCCUUUCCUCACCGACACUAGCGCCCGGUCAGAGCCAGGCACCCGAGAGCCGAUGCAACGGGUCCUGCAGCCUGGAUAAGAACGGUAGCCGCAGCAGCAGCACUACCACUAGCAGCAACGGCAGCAACGGAGAGCUGAAGCUGAGAGGCCACUCCAUAGGUGCUAGACAGACCAAAGAGCCCGAGAGGGAGCUAGACGAUAAUUUAGGUUAUAAGGAGGAAAACGCUGUAUACAAGGAGAACACUGAGAAGGAGCAGAAGGCGCAGGAGCAGCUGAUCAAGGAUCAAGAGGAGGAGGAUGAGGUCUACAAGCCAGAGAUCAGAUGGCCCGAUCUGGGGGCCCAGACCUUCCUGCACGUCGGGGCCCUUUACGGCGUCUACCUGCUUUUCUACGCCAAGUUCUACACAUUCCUCUGGGUGGUUGGUACCAUCUGGGUAUCAGGCAUUGGGAUCACGGCGGGUGCGCAUCGUCUUUGGUCGCACAAGUCCUACACUGCCUCCUGGGGUUUGCGCGUUCUGCUCGCUUUCGCCUUCUCCAUAGCUGGUCAGCGCGAUGCCUACACCUGGGCCCUGGACCAUAGGAUACACCACAAGUUCUCGGAGACGGACGCAGAUCCGCAUAAUGCGAAGCGCGGCUUCUUCUUCGCCCACGUGGGCUGGCUGUUCCUCACCCCCCACCCGAAGGUGGUGGCCAAGCGGAAGGUGAUCGACAUGUCGGAUCUGGAAGCCGAUGCUGUCUGCAUGUUCCAGAGAAAGUACUAUAUUCCACUCUUCGCCCUCUGCUCGAUCAUUCUGCCCGUGUGCGUGCCCUGGUACUUCUGGGGCGAGAGCCUCUGGAUGUCCUUCUGGAUCAACUUCAACAUGCGAUUCACUUGGACCCUCAACGUGGCCUUUUUCGUGAACAGUGUGGCCCACAUGUAUGGUAACAGGCCAUACGAUAAGAAUAUCAUGUCCGUGGAGGCGCCCAUCGUUUCACUGCUGGCCAUGGGCGAGGGAUGGCACAACUAUCAUCAUGUGUUCCCCUGGGACUACAAGACGGGCGAGUUCGGAAACUACAGCCUCAACGUGACAACGGGCUUUAUUGACUUUUGCGCCCGCCUCGGCUUGGCCAGUGGACGAAAAGUUGUUUCCCCCGACAUGGUCAAGCGACGCGCGGCCAAGUGUGGGGAUGGCACACGAUUCCUGGACGACGAGUUCGCUCACAAGGAUCAGGUCUGGGGCUUUGGGGACAAGGACUUGCCGCGAGAAGACCUCGCAGAGUUGGCCAAGAUGCAAAACUGAGGGCUAGAGAUCUGGCACCGUAUUAUCUUUUCAGCCUGUGGUUUCAAUAGUCUUAAGUUCAAGUUGCAGCCGUCUCCCCAUCCUCGACAUCAUCCCAGGACUCAUCCCAGCUCGACGUUGCUUUCGUUACUUACCCGCUAGUACUCGGGUCAAUAAACUAUGUUUUUUAUUAAACCCAA